UAAUCUUAUGUCAUUUAACCGCCGGCAACCCGUUGCGUUAGAUCUUGCACACGUGGGUCGUGGAUAUUUUUCGGCUUUUUUCAACAAGACAACUCUCAGAGACAUUGUCACCUUCUCACUUUUGACCCUAAUUACAAAGAAAUAAAGGCAUCCAAAAUGCUAUUGGCUUCAAAUGCAAAUGAUGGCGAAUCUAACGAACUGGAACUUAACUAUGUACAUAUGCUUAAAGCUUAUCGAAAUCAACCUUGCCCUAUUGAUAUUAUAAGUCGCCAAGGGAAGUUCAGUUGGAUGAAAAUUGGCAAUGUUCACAUUCCUGUGUUGUUUAGACAUGAAAUUGCUGUAGUGAGUGUCUAUCUGUUAGAAACUGAGGUGUUUCAUGAUUUGUUUAGUUGUAUCCAAACAGAAGUUUGCAAGUUGCCUCUAAUCUAUUGUACGCAGGCAACUGAAACCGAGGCCAAUCUUCUUAAUCAUAUUAACAUACAACACAGCAAUAGGAAGUUCGGCUCUUAUAUUUUUACAUCACGUGAUAUUUUAAUAACAAAAAAAGAUGCACUUCUAUAUUACGACUAUCUAAACUUUGUAUUUGAAAAGAUAAUUUCACCUAAAGCAAGAAGUAACCGUUGUGGAUUUGUCCUCAUCAAUACAGGGUUCAUUGUUCCAUACAUUGUAGAUGAACAUGGCACAAAAUUUGUACCGAUCUUUUAUUUCAAGAAUCGAUACCCUCUCCUGAAAGCCACUGUCGUUUUAGACAGUUGGGAAUAUUGUUACUUGAAGGUCUGUACCUUGGCUCAAGGAAUUCGCAGUUGCUUUUAUCCAGGGUUAUUUACGCCUGUCGUACCUCUGAAAGUUAUUAAGGAUAUGUACAAUCAAGGUGCAGAUUUCACGGAAUGUUGUCUUUCUUAUAUAAAUCUGGAUCAGCUCACUUUUGUCGGAAAAAAUUGUCCAUCAAGGCCUUGCCAGUGGUAUUUGGACCCGGUUAAUGCGCAUGUUUUCCAAAUUUUGUCAGAGCCGAUUGAAUCCUCGGAUAGUAAUCUUCCACAAGAAGAGGAAUAAUGAAAAAACAUGCAAGCUGAUGCUGGUAAAAGAUACCAAGCUUCAUGUCAUUUGUGUGGUUAUUAUACUUAAUAGUUUUCUUUAAGUAUAACACUUCAGAUAAAAUAAUUACUUUAUUAAUAAUCAACUUUUGUUAUUAAUAACAUUCUUGCAUCCUUUAAUUUCUAAUCUAAGUACAUUAAUCCCUUAACAUUCACAAAGGUUAUGGUUUUUUGUUUUUUAUUACUUUUUUACUUUUGGAGACUUAUUCUCUAACCACAAUACUUAUGCUUUCUCGUCAACUCAUUGAUGAAAAGCUUUACAAUAGAUGCACUUUUCCCCAGCAUGUAACGUUUCUAACACCGUUCUUUCUGCGAGUAUCAUUAAAUCUUUACUUUCACAUAGUUAUUGUAUAGAUGAAAGCAAGAUGAAAACUGAGAAAAACAAUCAUCAAAUGUCGUUGGAUUGUUCUUGGAAAUUUAAAUUAAUUUUUUUUUAACACAAACGCUUUUAAACAAUCAAAACUCGCAGAUGUCAAACCUUCGAAAGUUAAGAGAUUAUUGUACAUACAAUAGAUUACUUUAUCUAUUAUUUUUUUGACAUACGUUUUUUAUUUUACCUAAUUUUGUUUAACAUUGCAAUAUUUUGUAUUUUAAGUUGGUUGCAAGGAAGUGAUUUUUUUUUUUUUUAAUUAUAUCACUUCAGCUGAAAGUUUUAAUAAAUUAAUUACUAUGUUUUUAAAUACAAAUUUUUGUAUUCUUAUAUUUUUAAAUAUGUAUAAUAGAUGAUCUGCCUAUUAUAUAUUAUUGUUUGUCAUUAAUUGUAUUUGUUUUCUUUUAUUAUAUUCUAAUUAAAAUUGCAAUAUUUCUUUUAAGUUUGUUGAAAUAGUGGUACAGUGCUCUAUUAGGAAUCCGAACUAACUACACGGGGUUGUUCACUUUAUGAAAAAAAUGUGAAAACAUGGUUUUUAAAAAAUAUAAAACAAUAAAAUCAUUCAUCGUUAUCGUCAAUUUCCAUAACAUUCUUCACAUUUUCAUAAGUUUUGAUCCAUCAUCAUGCCAUUCAAUCCAUGCUAAAAUAUUAAGUUCAUUCACAGCAGCCUGUAUGUUUGUCUUUUGUUAAAUCAAGUUGGAUAUCUGUUUGCAGAUGUCAAUGAUCUGCAGAUUAAACUUCUGCAAUUCUUGAUUUUUUUCCCCUGUUCAGAUUACUGGAGUGUCAUAAGUACUGAAGUUGGGUUUACUGGCAGAGAACUGUACUAUUAUUUACUGACUUGAUAUUACCUGUGGGACAAAUUAUGAUGUCAUUUUGUUUAUUUUUAAUUGUUGAAACACAUGAAAGUAGCUUGAUCUAUUUUCGUUUAUGCGCUUAUUUUAAAAAUGUUUAAAAAAAUGUGUUUUAAAAAAACUUUUAAGUAUUUUUAUGUUUUAAAUGUUUGAAACGAGACUACAGCUAUGUUUCUAAUGAUGUCCCUAAUGUGGCUGUGCUCUUUUAAAGCUAAGAUAAUUUUUAUAAUACUUAACUUUCUAUGUGUAUUUUUCCUUGAAUCAAGUUACCAUGUUUUUUCACACAGAAUACCAUUGAGAUUUUAUAGUUCUUAAGAGAAACUAAAACUAAGAUAAGUUUAACAAACUGAAGCUGUGCUGAAAUUAAUAUGUUUAUAUAUUUUUUUAUACAUUUUGGAUAGUACAAGUGUAUUAGACCUUUAAAUUUAUUUUAUACUGCCGCCCUCAGUAUUUGUAGUUUGUAGUGUUUUAUAUUUUUGCAAAAUCUAAGAUAUGUGCAAUCUUAUGUUAGUUGCAUAUUUUUAUGAAUAAAAUGUUUUGCUCAUUCCAAA